GUACGAAUCCAGCGAUGUAAACAAGAACGCGAAAGACAAGUCUCACAGUGUUGACACCAGCACGGUUAUUCAGAGCAGCACAUCCUCGCAUCAAACUGCUGCCGUACAGUCAUGAACCUCCCCGUCACUGUCAAAGUGAACUUCAGGGGCAACGUCAAGAAAUUUCCCGUCUUGGACACGAACAAAGCACAGUGGGAGACUGCGGAGGCCUGGAUUAAAACUACAUUCGGGUUGAGUCAUUUUCAAGUGAAAUAUUUUGACGAGGACAACGAGGAGGUUUGCAUAAAUAUUCAAGAUGAAUACACAGAAGCUCUGAAGAGUGCAUUUAAGCAGGCCAAUCAGCUACACGUGAAUGUCUAUAAGAUGAAAGGCCAGGCAGAAGGUGGUGCAGUAAAGGCAGAGGUGAAGGAACUAAAAAUAGAUCCCAGACCUGCUCCGCCGUAUCGAGCAAGAGUCAAGAUGGCAGAUAAGGAGACCCAGGUGACUCCCGAGCGGGACUCGCAGGUUGUGGCCAAGGAAAACAAAGGGAUGAAAACCGAGGAGGAAGCAGUGCCCGCAUGGUUCAAAUCCUACAUGGACAGGUUCAAAGACCAAGUGGUUCGGGAGGUGGUCGACAGAAUGUGUAGUGAGUUUUCUGGCCAGUGUUGCACACACAGAGCCACAGAUCUUCCAGCUGAGGAGCCAAGCACCUCUGGCACUCAGAAACCUACUAGCUCCACAACACAAAGGACCUCUAGCUCCACAACACAAAGGACCUCUAGCUCCACAACACAAAGGACCUCUAACUCCACAACACAAAAGGCCUCUAGCUCCACAACACUAAAAGCCUCUAGCUCAACUCCAAAUUGCAGUAGCUGCAAAGGACCAGCCACUGGGGGAGGAUACCAGUGCAGUGUUUGUCCAUCUUGCAUCUUAUGUGAGCCGUGUAGUCAUAAACAUGAUCCCAGCCACAACCUGAAGAGAACAAGGACUCCUUUGUCUGUCCCCGAACGUGGAGUUACUCCAGAACCCAGGUUUCUGAGGCGGGGUGACAGGACAGUGCGAAAGGCUGAGAGACAGCGGCUGAAGGCCGAAAGGAGGCAGUUGAAGGCAGAGGUGAAGGAGAUAAAGAAGAAGCUGAGGUUGGAGAAGCGAGGUCUGCUGUGGAGUGGAACUUCCAAUGGGACCAGCAGCUCAUGCAUCGCCCCCGCUCCUGUCCCGUCUCUAGGCCCAGGACCAGCCCCAGCUCCGUCCCUGUGCCCAGACCCUCAAACGUCCAGUCCAGAGGGUUCCAAGGUCUUCUGCUCCACCUUGGUGCCCACAAUGACUGCCUUGUUUCUGGAUGAGAAUCUACCUGAUGGCACUUGUCUGGAGCCAGGCACCAAGUUCAUCAAGUACUGGAAGAUGAGGAACACUGGCAACAUCAGCUGGACUUCUGAUACCAAGUUGAUGUUUAUGUGGGGCGAUCUGACCCUGGGUUCAUGGGAGCAAAAAGAGGUUGCAGUGCCCUUUCUGCAGCCGGGUCAGGUUGGUGUGGUGAGCGUGGCAUUUGUGGCACCCCUGCUGGAUGGUACCUACACAUCUCACUGGCGCCUGGCACACUGUGGGAUGCACUUUGGGCCCAGAGUGUGGUGUAGCAUUUUAGUCGUGCCAAGCUCAGGGCAGAAACUCAAAUCCCACUGCAGCAAAACACUGAGGACUGAUCUCUGUCUAAUGGGGAAAGGCACCAGAGACUGUAAUGCUCAAGUGUCUACCAGCUCCUGGAGAGAAUGCUACAUCCCCUCUGUGGACUUACUAACAGCGCAUGAUCUGUUGUCUUUUGAGUUGCUGGAUAUAAACAUUGUGCAAGAACUGGAGAAAGUCCAAGCAAACCCUCCAGUUGAUAUGACCCACUGUGUAUCUCCACCUCCUCAUCAUGGAUCCUUGUUUGGAAAGCAUGGAAAGGGACUAGGCAAAGUUGAGGCUGGACAUUCAGUGUUACAGCCUCACAGACCGAAUGAGCCUCUGGAAAUUCUAACCAAUGAGGAAGGAGAUGAAGACAUCAGCGGGACACAGUUUGUGUGCGAGACUGUGAUCCGUUCUCUCACUCUGGAGGAGGAACCAGAACGCAAGCCUAAAGGCAAGGUUCGGCCUAAACUGAGCAGGCCUGAUGUUCAUGACCUUGCUCGCUUUCAGGAGAGAUCUUUGCUGGCGAAGAAUGACAGACAUUUGGCUCCAGCCCCUUUGCCAAAACCAUUCAUUAAAGAAGAGCCGAUCAUGCCAGUCUUUUCAGAGGCACUGAUUGACUCAAAUGAAAACCUCUACACCGACCCAGCUGUGCAGGAGGAGAAUGAAGAGGAAGUGCAGAAUAGGGGUCGCGAAAAUGAUCAAGAAGAAGCAGGAGAGUGGGAUGAGGUGAGCAGCCAGGUGUCCUCUGCCUCAUCAGAGGACUACAUUGUCAUCCUGCCUGACUGCUUCGAUACUUCCAGGCCCCUAGGAGAAUCGAUGUAUAGCUCAGCAAUGUCCCAGGCUGCAGUCCCCCUCACCAACGAGCCAGAUGCAAUGCAGAUCCUGAGCACUGCUGAAGGAGAGCCCAAGGAACCUAGCCCAGUUCCAGCUCUUCAAAACAGCCUGAACAGAAUGCUCUGCACCUCACAGAUACUAGAUACCCCCGCUCUAAUUCAAGAGAUGGUACCUCCACCCAUAACUCUGUCUCCAGCACCAUCUCUUCGAACCCACAGAUCAGUGAGACCUCAUUAUCUUGAGUUAGGACCAGAGGCCUCUGAGGAGAACACAUCAUGCCAACAUGAGGAUGACUCAAGUGAGUGCAGAUCAGCUCAUUUAGAGGCCCCUGUUAGUGCCUUUGCCUGCAGCUCCCAGGAUCUCAGGGUGAAUCAUGGUGGUUUGACAGAGGGCCUGGUGAAGGGAGCACUCUCUGUGGCUGCCUCUGCUUAUAAAGCACUUUUCACAGGCCAGAGCACACCUGCGCAGCCACCUGCUGUUGACCCAGCCUGUGGGGAAGCCUCCAUGAUGGCUGUAUUGCAGGAGAUGGGUUUCAGUAACCAGCCACUUAAUCAGAGGUUGCUAAGGAAGCAUCAUUACAAUUUGCUUGAUGUGGUCAGCGAGCUGGUGCAGUUGACUGACAGUGAAUGGCACAUCUCAAGACACUAGGAAGCACUGUGGUACCCUUAAUGACCACAAUAUGGAAAUCACUUCAUGCUACAGGAUUCUCUGCAAAAGAGGAGUGGGGAGUGUUAAAUGACCUUUAUGUGCUUUGUUAGAGACUCUUGAAAAAGAGAACUGUCACACAACUGACAAUAGCUGCAAUGACGCAAUUACUUGAUUGUAUAAUUUUAGUUUUAUGUUUAUAGGACAUUAUGAAUGGGAAAACAAUAUAUGGUUUAUUUAGCAGUCUUCAUGCUAUCUGUGUAUGUGCCCAACUAACACAUAUAGACUGCCAUUCAGGUAUAUUUUGUUUUGCUUGAUAAGACACAAGCACUCAUUUGUCGACAAUGUCCUGAGGGUUGCAGUUUGUUUGAACACAUUUGCCUCUUGGAGGAAAGAUAAGCAAGGAAUGCCUGUGUUGAUUUUGUUAAUUGUCACAGUAACCUCUAUAUUUGUACAUCUUAUUAUCAAUCACACUAAUUCAUAUAAUGCUACAUUAAGGUGUUGGGCUACCAAAGUAAUAGGAAUGUGCAAUGAGUUUUUCAGUCAUGCUUAACACGGCCAGAGGUCAAAGUUUUUGCUAGGUACCAAUUUUGGUCAUCUUGAUCAUUUUCUUGUACUGCCUAUGGCUUUUGGUGUCAAACACAGUGAAUAAAAACAUUCCAUAUUAACAGUUGUUGGAAGGGAUUGCGUGUGGAA